CCAUUGCCCUGAGCCUGAGGAUUAUAGUGUUCCUUCAGAUGAUUGGCAGGGCCCACAAAAUGGAGAGGAAAAAACAUUUAGUGACACAACAUUACUAGAGAAUCUUCAAAGCAAUCAUCCAACUGCACCUAUAAUAUGUGAGUUUUUGACAAUGAUGGCAGUGUGUCAUACAGCAGUUCCAGAAAGAGAAGGUGAUAAAAUUAUAUAUCAAGCAGCAUCUCCAGAUGAAGGAGCAUUGGUCAGAGCAGCCAAGAAUCUUCAUUUUGUAUUCACUGGAAGGACACCUGACUCAGUAAUCAUAGAGUCUUUGGGACAGGAAGAGAGAUAUGAACUGCUGAACGUCCUGGAAUUUACAAGCACUAGGAAGAGAAUGUCAGUGAUAGUUCGCACACCAUCAGGAAAAUUAAGACUCUACUGCAAAGGAGCUGAUACUGUAAUAUAUGACCGUCUUGCUGAAACUUCAAAAUACAAAGAAAUCACCUUAAAACAUCUAGAGCAAUUCGCUACAGAAGGCUUGAGAACUCUGUGUUUUGCUGUGGCUGAGAUUUCAGAAAGUGAUUAUCAGGAGUGGUUAGAUGUCUAUCACCGUGCUACUACAGCCAUCCAAAACAGAGCACUCAAACUUGAGGAGAGCUAUGAACUAAUUGAAAAAAAUCUUCAGCUGCUUGGAGCAACAGCAAUUGAAGAUAAACUACAAGACAAAGUGCCUGAAACCAUAGAGACACUCAUGAAAGCAGACAUAAAAAUUUGGAUACUUACUGGGGACAAACAAGAGACUGCCAUUAAUAUUGGUCACUCCUGUAAACUUUUGAGAAAGAACAUGGGACUCAUUGUUAUAAAUGAAGGCUCUCUUGAUGGAACAAGAGAGACACUUAGCCAUCAUUGCAGUACUCUUGGUGAUGCUUUAAGGAAGGAAAAUGACUUUGCACUCAUCAUUGAUGGUAAAUCUCUGAAGUAUGCUUUGACAUUUGGCGUGAGACAGUAUUUCCUGGAUUUGGCUUUGUCAUGUAAAGCUGUUAUUUGUUGCAGGGUAUCACCACUUCAAAAAUCUGAAGUUGUAGAAAUGGUUAAAAAACAAGUUAAGGUAGUAACUCUAGCGAUUGGUGAUGGAGCAAAUGAUGUUAGUAUGAUACAAACAGCACAUGUUGGUGUUGGUAUUAGUGGGAAUGAAGGUCUACAGGCUGCUAAUUCUUCAGACUACUCAAUUGCUCAGUUCAAAUAUUUGAAGAACUUGCUAUUGGUUCAUGGAGCCUGGAAUUAUAACAGAGUAGCUAAAUGCAUCUUGUAUUGCUUCUACAAGAAUAUAGUCCUUUAUAUUAUUGAGGUCUGGUUUGCAUUCGUCAAUGGCUUUUCUGGACAAAUUCUUUUUGAAAGAUGGUGUAUAGGUCUUUACAAUGUGAUGUUUACAGCAAUGCCACCACUAACUCUUGGAAUAUUUGAGAGAUCCUGCCGAAAAGAAAACAUGCUGAAAUAUCCUGAGUUAUACAAGACUUCCCAAAAUGCACUGGACUUCAAUACUAAGGUUUUCUGGGUUCAUUGUUUAAAUGGCCUCUUCCACUCGUUCAUUCUGUUUUGGUUUCCACUAAAAGCCCUUCAGCAUGGUACUGUGUUUGGCAAUGGUAAAACUUCAGAUUACCUGUUCCUGGGGAACACUGUAUACACUUUUGUGGUUCUGACUGUAUGUUUGAAGGCUGGAUUAGAGACCUCAUAUUGGACUUUGUUCAGCCAUAUAGCUAUCUGGGGCAGCAUAGCACUUUGGAUAGUGUUUUUUGGAAUCUACUCUUCUUUGUGGCCAGUCAUUCCUAUGGCACCUGAUAUGUCAGGAGAGGCAGCUAUGAUGUUCAGCUCUGGAGUAUUUUGGAUGGGACUUCUGUGUAUUCCUAUGACAGCUUUACUUCUUGAUAUAGUAUACAAAGUAGUAAAGAGAGCUACUUAUAAGACACUGGUAGAUGAAGUUCAGGAGUUGGAAGCAAAGUCUGAGGAUCCCGGGGCACUUGUGCAUGGCAAGAGCUUAACUGAAAGAGCCCAACUACUGAAGAAUGUUUUUAAGAAGAACCAUGUGAACCUGUACCGCUCUGACUCUUUGCAGCAAAACUUGCUUCAUGGCUAUGCCUUCUCUCAAGAUGAAAAUGGAAUCGUUUCCCAGUCUGAAGUCAUAAGAGCUUACGAUACCACGAAGCAGAGGCCUGAGGAAUGGUGAAGGAACACAGCUCAAGAUUCAGGCUCUAGUGGUUAUUUUUGUGAGACAGACUGCUAGAUCUUUGCUGGGAGCUACGACCAUGGCUCAGUUAUCAGAGAUUGAAAGAUCUAUGAUGGUCCUGUUCCAUAAAGUUUGGAUUUGUGUAUUCAGUAGACAUAAGCACUGUGCAACUAUACUGUAACACACCAUCUCUAAAUUUUUUAACAGGUAUUUGCUUAGCCUUUGUAAACAGAUUGGAAUUUACCUUGUAUCUUGCCAGCUUGCUUAUUUUACAAUGAAGUUGAAUCAAUACUGGUCAUAUACUCAGAAGGCAGUGGUCAGAGUGCUAAACAUACUUUACAGUGACAGAUCAAUUAGCAUCUGUGAAGGUUUUUAAGUGUUAAUAUAUUUAAAUACAGUUGAUAAUAAGCCUUUGAUUUCAACAAGUGCUGAAAAUAACAGUAUCUUAAUGGUGUUAAUUCACCUUCUUUAAAAAGAUUUUGAGUCAAGAUG